CGGCCGCCCGUCUGCCUGCGGGUGGGCGACCUCCCGGGGCGUCUCUUGUCCUCGGGGCUGGGGGCAGCCCGUCCGUGGGAUCACCCCCGUGGCAGCCGUUUUCCCGAGCAGCCUUCGGCCCUGGCUGCCGGUGUCCCCGGGGCUCAGCCCCAGCCUUCGCCCCCCCGCCCCCCCCCCACCCCGGGUGCGAGGCUCCCCGUGCCCUGCUGCUCCCCGCAGCACCCGGUGGGCACCUCCUGGCCCGGAGCAGGCUGGGCGCCACGUCCCGCGGGUUCAGCCCUCGCACCCGCGGCAUCUUUUCAGACGCUGCAUCCUUCGGGUUUGGCCACUCGGUUCCCCCUGCAUGGGCGGGCUGCAGCAGCAUCCUUUGGUCCGGAGCGGUGAGGGACCGCAGCGUCCCAGCCAUUUGCAGCCCCCCGCAGCGUCCUUUCCCCUGGGUUUUUGGGGCACCGCAUCCCCCGGGUUGCCUCCUUGCUCCCCGAAGCCCCCGUGGGAAAAGGGGGCUCCCAGUUAUUGCGGUAACGAGGGGCGACUUGAGCUCUGGUUGCCCUCUUGCACUCGUGGCUCCCUCCUUAGCUUCGGAGCUGCUUUACAGGGUACGAUGUCCUGCCCCGGUGUGCUGCGGUCUCCGAAACCUCUUUAAUAAUUGAGCCACGUUGAACAGCCCGAUGGGCUGCGUCUCCUCUGGCGGCAGGUUUUAAAGAGGGAUCUUUCCAGUUGCAUCGUUCCCUGGGGAAAAAGGGAAAGGCUGGGUUUGGUGUCUGGUUUGGGAGUCUGCUUUUACGAAGAGGGGAUGUUUGGAGGGUCCAUGGAUGAGGUGGCUUUUCUGUUUAUAAACGUGACUGGAGCUUGGAAGGGCGAAUUAAAUGCUCUGAGCUCCCUCCGGCUUUUAUUUUCCCCUUUCAUGACCCAUUAGGCUGCCCAUGCAGCCACUUAAAAUGCUGAUCAAUUGAAAAAAAAAGAAAAAAAAAAGUAACGUCUCGUUAUUGCUGGGGAUCAGCGAGGCUGUUAAAUAUGUGAAAUAAGGGAUUCCGCAGUAUCGGGGAUGCUUGGGAAUAAGGGAGAGAUUCACCCUUCGAUCCCUGUUAAUUAGAACAGCCUUCAUCCCAGAAAGCAGGUGGUCAAUACGAAGCAACCCCCCUUCCUAUAGCUGUUUUAAUGUAUUUUCCUCGUGUCAUCCUGUCAUAUUUGCUGCUCAGGGAUUUAUUUCCCUCAAACGCAUCCAAAUAUUUUUUUUGAGAGGAACGUUGCUGCGCCGCGAAACAUCUUCAAGUCCCUUGUUGGCUUUUGAGGUGCUCGUUGCUUAAAUUGGUUCUUCUGCGGACCUUUGGGCUUUGCCACAGGCUGGUGUGCGGUGGAGAAGUUACUUGAGGCGGUUUGGCUUUGUCCACGAGACUCCGACAGUUUCGGGUUGUGGUGGGAGUUUAUGCAGCAGCUGUAGAGGGUCUCUACCCCAAUUUUUGACCAUUAAUUCUUUGGGGGGUGCUAAGCAGGUCAUGAGGAGAAGUUUUACUCUUAAAGCAGCCCAAAACUGGCUGUCCGCAUUCAGACGAUGCUUUUGGAUGGAGCUGGUCAUGGGUUGUGGCUGCUUUGGGGCCAGAACAAGCAUUUUGGUGACCACUGGAAGAUCCCAUCCUCCCAGCAGUUUGUGAGCUUCUUGCAGAGGAGGGCUUCUCCCCCUUUCCCUUAAGAACUGAUGCUGGAACGCAUCUUCGCCCAUAAAAUAUUUAAGUUUGAAAGAAACUGCACUUCACACACAUAUCAAACAGCGUAGAAGAAAUGAAAGAGCACAAAGCUUAUAUUUAUCACCUUGCAGCGGCUCCAAGAGCGGCUCUUGACAGACCCGUUAGAUGUUUCCGGAUCAACAUGCGAUACGUUGGGGCGGAUUCUUCUUCAGUCCCGUAAAAUCCAGUUGAAAGGUCUGGCUGGAAGGGGGUUGUUUGCUUUCCAUCCGUGUGCUGUCCUCUGCCUGUACUCGUUCACAGGUUGGGCUGUCAGCUGUUCCACGUCAGUUGUGCCUGGCGUCCCACACCCAUCGUGAUGUUGCCCGAGCUUUUUGCGUAUCCUGGAUCCCAACUGCGUGAGGGUUUUCAUCGACACAGUCGCAAAAAUGUGGCUUUUUCCAAAGCCUUUAGGCUUACAGGAGGUUUUUCACUGGAAUCGCUGUGAAAUGAGCGCUCGCUGGCGUUUCUCACGUUCACCUUCAUAUGGGGAUUAUUGAGGUAGUCGCAGUAGCCGUUGCCAACCCUAAAAUCCCAAUUUUUGUAGGAUUCCAGGCAGAAUUGGCUACUUGAUUCUUUCAUGCUCGACCAAGAGAGAAAAUCACUUCUGGGUGUGGAGGGGUCAAUGCCUGAAGUCAUCUUUAAGACAGAGUAGGACGACUUGAACGCACUGUUGGAACAAGGGAAGGUCACAGGCGCUUCGUAGUCCCCUGCUGUCAGCUUUUGAGCUGAAAGCGGGGCCUGGGAGAUAGCGAUGAAGGAUUUCAUCUUCCGUUUAUUAUCCGUAACGCUCCAUAUUUCCGUGAUUUUAUAGGCUUUGACUUAAUGCUCAUCAAGGGAGAGUAGCGUGAGGAUUUGCUGAUGUAUGGUAAGUGUAAAUCGUGCUUAAAACGUGUCGGAUUCAACUUAUUUUAUAAAUGCAUUUUAGAUAAGAACUCGAUAUUGGCUUUCUUCGGGACGCCCGCCUUCCCUGCACUCUGCCGAGGCUCGAAGAGCGAGUUAGAAAUGAGCUGGAAAGGAAAAAGUCAACUCCGAAGAAGAAAGUUUUCCAGUUGUAUUCUCUCCUAAUUCAAACAGGAUGCAAAGUAAGGUCCCGGUUCAGAUUUUCAUCUGUCUCUUAACAUCUGCAUGUGCUUUUCUGCACAUAAGCAGUGCUGGGAACGAGACUGCUGUCGGGUUCAAGCCGCUCUGGAAGUGUCUGGUUCAGAUUUAGGGAUUCACACGUAACCUUUCCAGCAGCUUUUCCUGAUUUCUUCCUUUGGAAAGAGAUCUUGAAUCCGAUUUCGCGGCUCUGGGGUUGGCGGAUCGGUGAAUUCGGCAGUUGGGAGCUGCAGGAGGAUUGAGCCGUCUCUGGUUUUGCCUCUUGGCUUCCCGGAAAAGCCGUCUUGCGCUCUGUAGUUUCCUCAUCCUGGCGUGUCAGGUUGUAUCCUUAAUCCUUGCUGGUUUAGUAAUCUCUUCUGACUGUCCCUGUGACAUGCAGCUCUCGUUAAAGUGUCAUUUACCCCAUGCUUUUCAUCCUUCUGUUUCCUAAAUAUCUUCAUGAUCCAGGAUUUAGCCUGGUUUGCGUAUCCCAAAACUCGUCACCUCUCUCCAGCAGCGCGUGGGAGAGCCUGUAAGCUUUAAGGUUUGACCUCAGCGCCAGUGGUUUAAGGCAGGUGAUAGAAUAUUUGGCAAAACCCUUUCCAGCUGAUUUUGGUGCCCUUCAAUGUUUCAGCCGCAGAGCAGGAGGUUAGCUGUUAACUCCAGCUCCUUAAAAUCCUUAAAAAAAGUUGCCGUUCAGCAGCAGGAGACUCUUAAAAUGAAUUCAGGGGCAUAUUUAACAUGUCAUUUCUUCAGCUACCACAGAAAUGCUGGUUCUGCUUUUUAUUUUGCGAGCGAGCCGCUGAAAUUUGUUCUCCUCUCCCCAGAGUCGGUGCCAAGCCAUUUAUUCAAAGAGGAGUGGCUCCGACAUCUAAUUCCUGGCUGUAGGAGUUCACAAGCCCCACUGCUGAUCGCAAACCCACUGCCCUGGGGUUGGAUUUUCCCGUAGGUAGCGACCAGAUGGGUGACUGGAGGUUUCUGCUGGGAUGUGGUUGUCUGCUGAGCAUGUAAUUUAUUUUUCAAAGGAAGAAUAAAUAACUCGAAGACACGGGUUAAACCCUCGGAGAACAUAGGCACAAAGGGGAGAAGUGAAUGCCACGAACCCACAUGAAAUGGGAAGGAAUGAAAAAUUACACCUGAACAUCAGCCACUGGUGUUUUCUCGCUUUAAGCUACGUGUAAAGCGAUGAUGGGGGCUUAUGGGGCUGUGGUUUUAGCUGCUUUACGAUGUAAACAAUCUUUUAAGUCUUGCGUGAAGUUGUUCCUAAGGACGGAAAAGCUGCGCUAACUAGACUGUCUCAGAAGCGACACUUGCCGUAAUCUAGUUUGACCUCCUGUGCGAUAUGGGAGAUUGGAUUUCACCCAGAAUUUCAUUGCCGGGUUCAAUAACAUUGAGCAAAGUCUUUUAAUUUGAAGCUCUCAAAUGAUGGAGCGUCGAUACGUUUCAUAUCAACCACCCAACUGUCCACCUUCAAAACAGUUUUGCCUUCUACUUUUCUUUGAACGCGUUUUACCUUUGUCGUGCAUUCAUUAUCUCGGGUCUGGAUCCUUGUCCUGGUCGCUCCGCUGGCUGUGAUGCAUGCAGGUGGUGUUCAGGUUGCCUCCGGAUCUUUCUUUGGGUUAAAUAGGUUCAGACAUGCUGGUUUUUCCAGGCUGGGUCGUUUCUUGUCAUUCCUUGAAUCCCCUCCAGCAGCCCAACUUCUCACUGGAGGAUCUCACGGGCCCCGGUAGGUGGGAGCAACUUUCUGUUGACAUUUAUAAGCAGGAAGAAAUAAACUCUUCAGUGAUAAAUAACAGAUUUACUUGUUUCACUCCUUCUUGGACGUAUCAUGGGGCUGCUGUUGAGGAGCAUCUCUGGGAGGAGAGCGUCACAUGGAGUGAGCCCUCUUGCAGAGCAGCUGAUCCGCUCUCUUCGGCCAGGGUAUUUGCAGAGCAGUGUCGUGCCGGUAGGAAUCUGUCUCACUUUGCACAUGCAGGACGAGUGUCUUUUACUGUCCAGUGGUGUCUGUAAUACUCUGGUCCGGUCGUUCUGGCAUACCUGAGUCAUCCACCACUUGUUGCAUGGGUACAGAAUGAUUCCCAGAGGGAGCUGGGAGCAAGCCAGGAGGUUAUCUUGUUGGGACAGAACCCGUUGAUGGCCAGGAACUUGUUGCAGAAGGACGAGCUUGGUGAACUUCAACAUCAAAUCUCAGUUUGGGAGAUUUGUGAACAUUAAAUUUUAGUUUGGGAGCAUGCAGUUUUUCCCUGUCCUGCUCCUUGACUAUGGAGGACUUGGAAAGGUGUUAAAAAUUCUCCUCGUGGUUUCUGUCACUCAGUCUUAGCCAGCACUCGCAGGCAGGUGGAAAUUUCGGGCAUCCCAUCGGCAUCGGUUAUUGCAGAGGCUGCUUUGACAUCAGGAAGGAAUGCCAGUGGCAGUGAUGGUUGAUCCCGGAUUUUGUUUGGUUUAAAGAAGCAACUGGGUGCACCUGAAAUGCUCAGCAGAAUGAAGCUGGUGUGAAAGGGUACUGAUUCAAGCACCCGUGUGGGAGCAGAUUCGCUUUCCUUACUCUUCCUCGUUAUGCUCCGUCCUGCUAAGUGUUUAAAUUUGAGGGCCGAGUAGGCAAUGCUCUCCAGACUGCUGCGGUCUCACCAGUUACCAACCCUUCAGCCUGGUCCAGGUGAAAACUGGAGUUAAAGCCACCUUUGGUCUUUCACUUCCAGCUUUUCCCAUGGAUUUCGGUAUUUCUCCCCACCAGUAACGUCACGGACCUUCGCCGAGAGACACUUGGCCCCAGGGUGGGCAAUGACGUGCUGCCAGGGUGAUGUUGCACGUAAAGGUGUUUUAGUUUUCUGAACCACACGAGAGGUUUCCCCCGUGGUGCCACCUGUGCUGAUGCUUUCUGCCUCCCACCUGUGGGAGGAUUUCUGCUGCUCUUCAUCUUCUGGAGGGGCACGUGGCUUUGUUCUGCUCAUUUGAGAGCAAGAACCAGCAGGGAUUUGAGCCUGUGGUCUCUCACGGGUUGCUGAUGGAGAGAUGACCUCUUGAGUACAUCUCGGACUGCUUUGGGCUUUCCUUGACAGGCACUUUGUGGGUGGCACAGCGGUGUUUGUCCCCAUCACAGUGGUUGCGUGAAACUUUUAAGUUUGCUUUUAGGAACGAGCAUGUUUCUGAAGGCAAGACAAUCUACUCAAGCAUGGCUUAUUGCUCUAAAGUAACUAGUGAUGGGUUUUAAACACUGGGUUUGAGCAGGUCGUGUUAGGGCUAGGUUGAACCUUACUCAUGUGUCUCUGCAAGCCAAGCUCUGUCUGUAGGACGCAUCCAUCCUGCCUAAACCUUUCACAGAGCCACAAGUCGUUGACUGUGGUUUUGCUGGUCCGCCUUCUCAAACUCUAACUAGUUACUCUUCUUUUCCUCCAGUGCUGUCUUAAACCAGGAGCUCGGCACAUCGGGAGAUGGAGGUGCCCAGCCAUCUGCCUUUCCGCAGGCAAUACUGGAGAGUUUCUUCUCUCUACGUGUCUAGCUCGAUUGGCAUCAACUCCCUGAGAAGGGUAUGAAUAAUUUUAUUCUCGGCGCUCUAAUAGCAGCAACCGAUGGAGUGUCUUCGCAGGUGGCUAUUUUGAGACGCAAGGUGCAGCCCGCCGUCGCUGCAGGGAAGUUCGUUGUCUCUUGGCACCGCGUAUCACUGUACGAUGAUCCAGCUGGGCCGCAGAUUGUUAUACCCCGGCUUCAUUCCCUCUCGGUUGCUGGCAAAGUCCCUUCUCCUCUUGGGACAUCCCCAUCGCUUUCCUUGUUCUGUACCGGAGAGCUUCGGGCUGCAGCCAAAUCCUUCUGGACGUCCCGGACACACCGGGAUACAAUUGAGGUUUUGCUUUUUGGUACAAAGCAUGAUUUAUUUUGACUGCCGGUGUGUCCCCAAGCGCUGUGCCCUGGCAGAUGUGCUGGGGCCUAUGCGGACCGGUCCGUGGCAUCUCCUGCCACACACGCUGGCGAAGUUUUAAAGGUGGGUUUGCACAAGGCUGCUUGUGUUUUGCAGAGGAGUGUUACGAAUUGGUGUCUCGUGUUGGAGGCACGUUGAAGUCGUCAGCUACCUUUCUGCAGUGGUGUAUGGCACUCUCAAGAGUUUGAGGUGCUUUUUCUUCUCCUUUUAUUCUGGAUAGAGCACAGAAAGAGGGCUUCUUGUGGUGAUAUCCCACGUGAGUCUCAUGUUCUCCUGCCUUGCACACGGUUUUUAACCUAAAAGUCCAUGAGCUAGCAAGCUGAGCAGAGCUAUCGGGCUACUGUAGAUGGUUCUGUUUCCUUGUGCUCCCACCAUCCAACCUGGGAAUGAAAACUUCAAGACCUUUCACUGGGCUGGUCAUCCCUACGUGUCCUACUAUUCCAGGCUUCAAAAGCCAUUUCUUUUGUCCCAGUGUAGUUUCUUCUCAUGUUGCUUGUGAGCGUCCUGGCGCGACAGGGAAGGAAGCUAUUUGCUACUGAUGUUCAUAAGUCAGGACAUAAAGCCAAGAGCUCCUGUCUCCUGUUAAGUAAAAGAGCAUCUUCAUAGAUGAACACCGUGCUAAGUGGUGCUCUGUGCCAUCGGGACCCCUUCUAGGCCAGCUGCUAUCAUUUAAUAGACUUAAAUAGAUUAAUGCGGACACAUCUGUAGGCCACCUAACUGCUCUGCAGAGCCCAGAGCUUCUCGCUGAGUAAGAGUACGUCUCAGAGCAGGGAUCUGGAGUUCCUUGUGUUGGAACAUCGCUGGGGUUAUAUGUAAAAAGCUUGCUGUGGCGUGGUUCUCCCUUGUCUUUUUUUUUUUGCUGGGAGGCCUGUGUCUACAGUCUUCCUCAAAGUCGCUUCCUAAGGCUUUUCUGAUCGUCAUGCUGCAGUUCCUGCAGAGCGAUUGGUUCUCCCGUGGCUUCGCUUGUAGAGAAGAUGAGGGCUCGUAAGUUAGAAAUGGUGAGAAAAAUCCACGUCAAGCUUUUUGACUGUCUCCUCCUUUGGAUUUCGUAAUUAUAAAUUAAGCGAGGGUAAUCUGUCUUCGUAUUGCAGGCAGUGUUGCAGAACAAUAAGCAAAAGCCUCGGUCUCUUCCAGUCUGUGCAGUCACUGGGCAGUCAUCAGGUCUGUUUUCAGUUACUUGUCCUAAAUUUACUGGUUUCUUGUCUAUCUGUAUCAAUAUAUGUAUGUGCACUUUAGGAACCCCGGAGCAGGAGUUGAGCUGGACACCGGGAGGAAUAGAGGAGCAGCUUCACAAGAGACAGAGUUAGUAAGGAAUGCAAAAUAUACCCUUCGCAGGUGCUACAGCCGCGUGAAGGAGCACGGCGUUGGGAAGAGGAAAAGCAGCUACACGUUCGAACAGCUGGAGCAGGUGUUUGGGCAGGGAGGAUGGGACUCCCAGCCCUGCCAGCCCGUCCUCAUCAACAGCAGCGGCUUGUACCAGGAGCUGGAGUCGGACGGCAGCACGAUGGAGGAGUAUUCGCAGGAGGACUGGGGAAACCACAGUCAGGAUCUUCACUGCUACCAGACCGGCGAACAGGAAUUGGAUGAAAUGCCAACCACAAAAAGAACGUUAAAGAUAAAACAGGAAUCUUCAGAAGACACGCAGAAGCGUGACGUCAUGCAGAAUAUUAUGCAAAUCUUGGAGUCGGUCCAGUUGAAGUGGGAGCUGUUUCAGAGCUGGACGGACUUCUCCAGGCUCCAUCUUUCUAACAAACUGGCCAUUUUCGGCAUCGGUUACAACACCCGCUGGAAGGAGGAUAUCCGUUACCACUACGCGGAGAUCAGCUCGCAGGUACCCCUCGGCAAACGGCUCCGGGAAUAUUUCAACUCGGAAAAACCGGAGGGUCGGGUUAUCAUGACCAGAGUGCAGAAAAUGAACUGGAAAAACGUUUAUUAUAAAUUCCUGGAGAUCACCAUUAGCGAAGCCAGGUGCCUCGAGCUGCACAUGGAGAUCGACUGGAUACCCAUCGCUCACUCCAAACCCACCGGAGGAAACGUCGUUCAGUAUUUAUUACCGGGAGGGAUCCCCAAAAGCCCCGGCUUGUACGCCAUCGGUUACGAAGAGUGCCACGAGAAACCCCCCUCCCCUCUCGCCGAGCACAGGGGGCCCGAUCCCGGCAGCGAGACUCAGGGGGAGCUGGAGGUCCCUUCUCCUCAAGCCUCCCUCCGGGUGGAUAUGGAAUCCGCCCGGAUUAUCUACUGUUACCUCGGCAUCGCCGAGGUCCGGACUCUCCAGCAGUGCCUGUUUUUACACUUUCAGGCAAACACCAAAACCUUCAGCAAAGAUUGGGUCGGGAUCAACGCCUUUUUAUCUCAGAACUGCGUCGUAGAGCCCGGCGUGUCGCCCAAAUCCAUCUACAUCAAAUUUGUGGAAGUGGAGAGGGAUUUUCUUUCCGCCGGCUCUUUGGUAGAGUGCCUGGAAAAAGCCAUCGGAUACCCCUUAAAAUUUAACAACUGAGUCUCGUCCUUCAUAAGGAUUAGGGCUUUCCGCCCCUUUUUUCCAUCUCGCUACCAGACGCUUUCGGAUCCUGUCCGUUCACAGCUGGGCAAGUCGGACUCUUCCGCCUGGAAACGAGUUUUGGGGUGAAAAGAGGCUUGUGGGGCGCUUCCCGCGAGCUCAUCCCCAGCAAGCAAAGCGCGUCCCGGCUCUCUUGCCGGAUGGACCGGCCGGUUUUCCUACCGGAGCGGCGCGGCGAGGAGAAGCCCCCGGCCCGUGAAACGACUGUAGGUACAUUCCACAUUGGACAAGCACGUACACGUGGUGUUUUCAUACAAAAAGCUGGUUUUUUUGGUUUUUCUUUAUUCCACGGUGUCUCAUUUUUACGCAUCCGUCUCUCUCUUAAGUGUUAUUAUGGAUCUGAAUAAAUAAGCAAUAGAUAACGGCAAGUUAAACCUUGAAUCACAUUAAAGGAGACUGUUUUUCAAAGCCACCCUUAGAUACUAUUGUAUAUAAUUUAGAACUUCACUUUUUUCACCCGUCAAGUGUUCUCCUCUCUCCAAACAGUGUUGCCUGCAAAAAAGACUUUGGUUUCUGUGAUGUAUUCCACUUUACUAGUAGCGUUGCCAUAUCUGCUUUUAUUUUAUUUUAUUUUUUAACAUUAAAAUAAUUCCUGGCCUUUUUAUUUUUCUUUUUAUUUUGUUUUGGGUCUUUUUUUUUUUUUCCCCCCUGAGUUCUAGUUAACCUCUUUGUGAGAAUUACCUGGCAGCUGGGAAACACUUUUUUUUUUUUUUAAAUUUUUAUUUUUGUUGAACCAUGCUUAUGGAUACAAUCAAAGCUGUGAGA